AUGCGACCCCUGCCGACAGAAACACGCAGCAGAAAGUGUGCAUGCACUUCUGGGACAAUCGACCAGGGGACGAGCCUCAGCGACAAAAUGAGUCAAGACACUACAGAGACGCGAACACGAACCCGCUCCAAAGGAAUCCGGGCAGAACAGGUCGCACCGGACAUGAAGCUGGACUUAAGCAGCAGCUGUCCAACCCCUGGAUGUGAUGGGAAAGGUCACGUGAGUGGAAGAUACUCAAGACACAGGAGUGUUCUGGGCUGCCCCAUUGUGAAGAAGAGAAAGUUAGAGGAGGCUGAGGCUGAGGAGAACCAGUCUGCAUCCAAGAGGCGGAGCCAGCCGGUGAAACAGGCGGAAGAAGACAGCGACUCUGCAGAGGAGGAGGAGCAGAAGGAGGAGGAGGAGGCAGAGGAGGAGCCAGAGGAGGGAAAGGAUGCCGUCCAAGACAAGAAGAAAAACAAAGCAAAAAGUACAGAGUUAAUCCAAUCCGGCUCGCUGGUGGAAGCAGAGGAAACAGACACAGUUUGCCCUCUGGAUGAGGACCCCAAGGGAAGAGGGGUCAGCUCAGGGACCGGAGACCCAACUGAGAGCGGCAAGACCGGCGAAAAGGCCUCACUGGACACAGCGGCUGAGUGUGUUCUGCAGGGAGAGGCCGAGGAGGAGGAGGAGGAGGAAGAGGAGGAGGAAGACGCCCCGGUACCGUCUGAGCACCAGCCAGCCGGUCAGCCCGCAGAGCAGACCGCUGCCCCUCAGCUUACAUACACAGAGGAGGAGGAUGAGGAGGAGGGAAGGCCCUCAGAGGAUGACAAGGGAGAGGAAGAACACCAACCGCAAAGGGAGGACGCAGAGGAGCGGGAGGCAGGAAGACCAAUGAGAAGACAGGAGAACACCGAUCACCAGUACUCAAGUGGAGACUACAGCCAUCAGCUUCAGGAAUCAAAAGCGGAGCAGAGUACAAGGAACAAGCAGAAGAAGGACGAGGAAGAGGAGCUGGAGGAGGGAGAGGAGGAGGAGGAAGAGGAAGAGGAGGAGGAGGAGGAGGAGGGAGAGGACACUCCGUUCCAUUUAAGUCCAACCACUCAGGGAUCUGAAGCAGCUGUGUCACUCAGGGAAGAGAAGGUCAGCACCCUCAUGGCUGAGGAAGAGGAGGAGGAGGAGGAAGAGCAGGAGGAGGAGGAGGACAGACAGGAGACGGAAACAGGCGAAGUCGUGGAAGAUGAGGACCGAGACUCCAGCAAAGCUUCCCCGAGCACGGUGGUCAUCGAAGUCCGCUCCGAGGAGGACGACGACGAGGAGGAGGAGGAGGAAGAGGAGGAGGAGGAGGAAGAGGAGGAGGAUGAGGAGGAAGAGGAGGAAGAGGGGGAGGCGGAGGAGCAGGACCGUAUCUCCGAGGGCUCAGGUAUCACAGACGACUCAGAGAACUGGGACAUGACCCGGGGGAACCUGGGCCUGCUGGAGCAGGCCAUCGCCCUGAAGGCCGAGGAGGUGCAGGGAGGUCAGGACACCCGCAGCUCCCCCGACUACCAGCCGCACGCCAGCUCCGCCAAGACCGCCGAGGCCGCCGCCGCCCGCCGCUCCGCCCACUGCAGCAAAGACAAGAAGGAAGUGAAGUGUCCGACCCCGGGCUGCGAUGGCACAGGUCAUGUCACUGGGCUAUACCCUCACCAUCGCAGUUUAUCUGGAUGUCCUCAUAAAGACCGGAUCCCUCCAGAGAUUCUGGCCAUGCAUGAGAAUGUCUUGAAGUGUCCCACUCCUGGCUGCACAGGCCAAGGACAUGUGAACAGUAACCGCAACACGCACCGCAGUCUGUCCGGCUGCCCAAUAGCAGCAGCAACCAAGCUGAACCGCAGCCAGGACAAGCAGGUCCACCUACCAGCGUCAGCCAGCGAACCCUCUUCCAACUCUGACAGAGUGCUCAGACCCAUGUGUUUUGUGAAACAGCUGGAGAUCCCUCAGUAUGGCAGCUACAGGCCCAACACAGUGACCACCACGCCUCGCGCUAACCUGGCCAAGGAGCUGGAGAAAUACUCCAAGGUGUCUUUUGACUAUGCAAGCUUUGAUGUCCAGGUGUUUGGAAAGCGUAUGAUCAUUCCAAAGACCCCCGGCGUCUCUGACACCUCGCCCAAAGCGUUCAAAUCUAAAUCCUUCCCCAAGGAGUCCUCCCCAAGCCACUGUGUCUCCGGAGGCUUCCCCAAAAGCAGCCUGUCCUCCAGCGGAUACGAUUACAGCCAGGACGCAGAGGCGGCUCACAUGGCGGCCACGGCCAUCCUCAACCUGUCCACCCGCUGCUGGGAGAGACCCGAGAGCCUCAGCUCCAAAGCCCCCCAGGAGCCCUGCCCCAAGGAGUCAGAUAUCGAGGUGGACGAGAACGGCACCCUGGACCUCAGCAUGAAGAAGACCAAGAGGGAGGGCGUCCAGUCUCCGGAGCCCUCGUCAUCCUCAUCCUCCUCCUCUCAGCUUGUCGGGGCCACGUUGUCUCAGGGCAACGCUCAGCCGGACUGGGAGGGGCCCCUGGAUUUCACCAAGCCGAGCGACGUCAAGGAGGAAGACAACGAGGAGAUGGAGUUCACAGCUCCUUCGUAUACCUCGUCUGAAGGGGAGGACGAGGACCAAGACAACCUGGAGGACAGGAAGUACCCCGGUGAAGUUACUACCAGCAGCUUCAAGGUCAAGUUUCAACCCAAAGACAGCAAAAAAGAAGUUCUUGUGUGUCCCACCCCGGGCUGUGAUGGAAGCGGGCACAUCACAGGGAAUUAUGCGUCCCAUCGAAGUCUGUCAGGCUGUCCUCUUGCUGAUAAAUCACUUCGGACCCUCAUGGCUGCCCAUACAGCUGAACUGAAAUGUCCGACUCCGGGCUGCGACGGAUCGGGACACAUCACGGGGAACUACGCCUCCCACAGAAGCUUGUCCGGGUGCCCUCGAGCCAAGAAAGGAGGAGUCAAGUCCACGCCCACCAAGGACGACAAGGAAGACUCGGAGCUGCUGAAGUGUCCUGUUCCGGGCUGUGACAGCCUGGGCCACAUCAGUGGGAAGUACGCCACCCACCGCAGUGCCUACGGCUGCCCGCUGGCGGCGCGCCGGCAGAGGGAGGGGCUUCUGAACGGCACGCCCUUCUCCUGGAAGGCCUUCAAAACCGAGGGGCCCACGUGCCCCACGCCGGGCUGCGACGGCUCCGGCCACGCCAACGGCAGCUUCCUGACGCACCGCAGUCUGUCAGGUUGUCCCAGAGCGUCAGCCAAUAAGAAGAGGGCAAAGCUGCCCGGAGACGAGUACAUAACUGCAAAGUUCAGAGCGAGUGACGUUCUGGACAAUGAUGAAGACAUCAAGCAGCUCAACAAGGAGAUAAAUGAGCUGAACGAAUCCAACUCAGAGAUGGAGGCCGACAUGGUGAAUCUGCACACUCAGGAGGUGGCGCUCAAGUGCUCGUGCCGCCUCAAAGCCAUGAUCAUGUGCCAGGGCUGCGGCGCCUUCUGCCACGACGACUGCAUCGGGCCCUCCAAGCUCUGCGUGUCCUGCCUGGUGGUCAGAUAG